CAAGGGUGCAGUGCAUCCGUAACGCUUCCCCGAAAUUACAUGCUCUCAUUACAAUAGCCAUGAAAGCAAUUGCUAAGAUCAUUAUUCGUAUGCCUUAUUAAUGCCCCGGUUAUUGGGACUGUCGGUUCAGCGGGACCAGUCUCUAGGGAAGAUCAAGCACAGCUUUAUUCCGAAGGUGCUAUUGGCUGUUUGUGUAGUCCAUGAUCGUUACCUUGGUUUACGUUGAGGCUAUUUCCUGGAGGCAUGUGCUGCAGCACUGAUAUUACCUGCCCAGUAUUGUAACAGUUCCAUCAUUCUGGCUGGGGCAGCUCGAGGAACUGGUCAUACAAGGAACCAUGGCGAAUUGACAUAUAUAAGUAGCUCGCGUCACGAUAUCUAUCUUCCGUUCUAUAUCAUUCAUCUUAUGUCUAAUAUCUCACCCUCAUUUCUACAUUAUUCUUAUAAUCAUUUACCCAUACAUCGAUAAACAUCAUGUCGAACAUACCACUUCCUCUUACUGCCGAGCAGAUCACACCGACAUGGCUGGCCGCUGUAUUAGGAUUUCCCGUUGAAUCUAUUGUAGUGGCUCGGACCAUGAAAGGAACAGCCGACAAAAUAUUCCUCACCGUCAAGUACCAAAGUACUGAUCAAAACGGAAAAUGGCCAAGACGCAUCUGCAUCAAAGGGUGCUUCAACCCGGAACUAGCAAAGGAUAUACCACCACUGAAAGACUUUUGCCGUGUCGAAGCACAGUUCUUUCGUACAGUGAUGCCAACUUUGGGCAGCAUGGAGUUCCCAAAGUGCUUCGGGACUCGAGUCAAUCAGGAGCAAGGCAUCGUUGUCAUGGAAGAUUUGAGGGACAAGGGAUACACCUUUGGCGACCCGGAAGUGAUCUUAUCUGUCGAGCAGGUUAAAGACGGUGUCGCCCAGCUAGCCGCCCUGCAUGCAGGUACGUGGGGCAGGUCACGGGCAGAUUACCCAUGGAUGACUCCAUAUGAGAAGACAAUGAAUGACAUGUUCGAUGCUGAGGGCGUGGACUAUGAUCAGAUGGCUCGUGAUCCAGCCCGCUACAAAUUACCGGAGCAGUAUCGUAACGGCAAGUUUGCCAGGGCGAUGCUGAACAGAUACUUUUCCCGUCCUACAAACCGUUUCCAAUGUUUAGUUCAUGGCGAUGCACACGUGGGAAACACGUGCUUUUCGCCUGAUGGAGAAGUUGGCUUUAUUGAUUGGCAGAUAGUCGACUCGCGUCCACCUUUUCACGACUUGUCGUACUUUACCGCCUCAGCACUGUCGAUAGAUGAUCGGCGGAAGCACGAGAUGGAGAUACUACAGCACUAUCUCGACUGCCUAGAUUCCUAUGGAGGGCCGAAGCUUUCUACACUAGAGAGAGAUGUCAUGAUCGAAUAUAAGCUGGGCUUUCUCGUUGGCAUGGGUUGGACAGUGACAACUACGUGUAUGCAAACUAUUAAACGGAUCAACGCUCACCUCGAGCGUUUCAUGGCAGCACUAGUUGACCACAAGGUUGCAGACCUGGUGGAGGCACUGCCGGAGCCUGAUCUAAAUUCAGUGACAGGUCGUGAGAGUGAUAUCAAGAAGGAUAUGGGUGCAGUCUCAUCCGUCCAGACAACAUUGGCUGAGGUGUAAGUAGGUUCAUAGUCUUCUUCUGAUGACACGGUUACGUAGGACAUAGUGAAGGUGAAAGACAAGC